GAAAAAUGGCGGCGGCAGGGGAUUCGGAGCGGGACGGCAGCAAUUCGGAUUGAGCUUUCUCCCUCUAACCGAGUCCGAGGCCUUCGGAUAUCGGGUUGUGUAAACUCUGCAGGAUUUCUACUCUUGACAUAUAUCUGGCUUCCGAGGGUCAAAGGUUGAAUUAGAGCUGGAAACUUAAAUUAAAAAUUAUAUGAAAUAAAAACAUUAUAAUGAGGGGGAGAAGAGGGAGGCCGCCCAAACAGCUAUCAGCGCUGGAACCUGCUCCGGGGCCAGUCGGGGGGUUGCGAUCCAGGCACAGGGGGGGUGCAAGGGGCAGAGGGGUUAUGGAGGGGGAUGCACUAGCAUUUAGGAGAAGCAUUACCCAAUCGCCAAGGGGUAGACGGAGGGUAAGCUCAACAACACCAUCAGGAGUCAGAGGAAGAAGUAGGGUUUACCACAGUAGUGGAACUGUUAGGGUCUCAUCCAGGAGGAGCAUCAGUAAAGUGGUGUAUGAUGACCAUGAAAGUGAUGAUUACGAGAGCGUGCACUCAGAAGAUGGGGAGCAUGCCGAUCAUCGGGUGUCUGAGGAAGACGGACUGAUGGAGGACGACUCGGAUUACUUGGAAGGAAUGGAAGAUGACGAUGAUGAUGCCAGCUAUUGCACUGAGAGCAGCUUUCGUAGCCACAGUACCUACAGCAGUAUCCCAGGAAGGAGGAGACAUCGGGUUCAUCGACCUCGCUCUCCUGUCUUUGAAGAAACUGAUAUUCCUGUUCUUGAACUCCCUAAAUCCUCUGAGGAUUUGUUGGUGCCAUCUGAGCACUUAAUGAGUAUUUUUUCAGUUUAUGAGGUUCUGAAGAACUUUGGCACCGUUCUCCGCCUUUCCCCUUUUCGGUUUGAGGACUUCUGUGCUGUCUUAGUAUGUCAGGAGCAAUGUGCACUUAUAGCAGAGACACACAUAGCUCUUUUAAAAGCAAUUUUACGAGAAGAAGACACUUCAAAUACCAGCUUUGGACCUACUGAUCUGAAAGACAGCGUUAAUUCUACCUUGUACUUUAUUGAUGGUAUGACAUGGCCAGAAAUAGUGCGAGUUUAUUGUGAAAGUGACACUGAAUAUCAUCAUGUUUUGCCUUAUUUAGAAGCAGAGGAUUAUCCAUAUGGACCACUUGAAAAUAAAGUCAAAGUGCUAAUGUUUUUAGUAGAUCAAUUUCUUACAACAAACAUUGCUCGGGAGGAGUUAAUGUCUGAAGGAGUAAUUCAGUAUGAUGAUCACUGUAGGGUGUGUCACAAACUUGGGGAUUUAUUAUGCUGUGAAACUUGCUCUGCUGUGUACCAUUUGGAAUGUGUGAAACCGCCUUUAGUGGAGGUGCCAGAAGAUGAAUGGCAGUGUGAAGUCUGUGUGGCACACAAGAUUCCUGGGGUCAGUGAUUGUAUUGCUGAAAUCCAAAAAAACAAACCAUACAUUCGACAUGAACCUAUUGGAUUUGACAGGCACAGAAGGAAAUGCUGGUUUCUUAAUAGAAGAAUUAUACUAGAGAAGGACUCAGAAAAUGAAAAGGAGAAAAAGAUCUGGUACUAUAGCACAAAAGUUCAGUUGACAGAACUGAUGGAGUACCUAGACAAAGUUUAUUGGGAAAGUGAUAUUUAUAAUACCCUUGAAGAAAUGUGUGACGAAAUACAUCGACAUAUGGAUAUUACGGAAGAACUUACUUAUAAAGCAAUGGGCAAUAAUAAUAAAGCUUUUCUCAGUGCAGCCAAUGAAGAAAUUUUGGAACGUAUGAAAACAAAGCAAGAAGCACAGAUAGAAGAAAUGAGAAGGAAAGAAGCUGAAGAAGAAAAGGCCAAAAAGGCUUUGGAAGACAGUGAGCACUCAAGUGCUGCAAGUAGUGAGAAUGCCACAGAGCAGCUCACAGAAGAAAAGAGCAAGGAGGAAAAAUCUGCAAAGGAGCAACCCGACAAAGAACAAAUCAAGGAAACAACAGCUGAUGUGGAUAGUACUAACUCGGAAGUAGCAAAAGCUGAAGAUCCCCAGAGCAGUCCUGCUGGAGAGCAUCCUGGUCCCUCUGAAACAGAGAACCCAGCGCAGUGUCAGAAGGAAAGCCCUGAUGACAACAUGGUGUUAGAGGAGAGGGAGCUUGCACAGGUCCCUGGGGAUGCAGCAGAAAUGCCAGCUGAGACCAGUGCCAUCACUGCAACUGACUUUCCCUCUGUCCCAUGCCAGUUCUCUGAGGACAACAGUAACAGUUCAUUAUCCAUGGAUCAGAAUUCAACUUGUAAUGCUUCUUCCAGUAAACCUGUAGAUGAGGUAGACAGUGCAGAAAAGUCUUCUGUCUCCAGUCAGGAUGAAAAUGAUUCUAAGCCUGAUAAAGCAAGUAGUGAACGAAGUGAAUCUCCAGGGGGUGGAAAGGGCACACCAGGAUCGACUCGAAUGGUUACAAGGUUACGGAAUCCUGAUAGCAAACUAAGUCAGUUAAAAAGUCAGCAAGUCGCUGCUGCUCAGGAGUCGACCAAGCUUUGUAAAGACAGCAAAGAGGGGGAAAAUUCUCGGUCAAGCAGCAAGAAAGAGGUUGGACUAAAAGGAAAUGCCAGUAGCUACUUCAAACUGGGUCAAGAAGGGAAGUACAAAAUGUACCACAACCAGUACACCACAAACUCAUUAGCACUGAACAAGCACCAGCAUAGGGAGGACCACGACAAGAGGCGGCAUCUGUCACACAAAUUUUGUUUGAGCCCUGCUGGUGAUUUCAAAUGGAAUGGCUCUGUACACGGGACCAAGGUCUUAACUAUAUCAACAUUGAGGCAAACCAUCAUACAGCUUGAGAACAAUAUCCCUGCACCUUUCCUUCAUCCAAACUGGGCCUCGCAUAGGUCAAACUGGAUAAAAGCUGUUCAGAUGUGUAGCAAACCAAGAGAAUUUGCCCUAGCGUUGGCUAUUUUGGAGUGUGCAGUAAAACCUGUAGUAAUGUUGGCAGUCUGGCGAGAGUCCCUAGGCCAUACUAGGUUGCUUAGGAUGACAGCAUUUGAAAGAGAAGAAAAAGAGAAAGUCAAGAAGAGAGAGAGAAAACAGGAAGAGGAAGAAACCAUGCAGCAGGCCACUUGGGUGAAGUACACAUUUCCAAUAAAACAUCAGGUUUGGAAACAGAAGGGUGAAGAGUACAGGGUAACAGGGUAUGGAGGGUGGAGCUGGAUUAGUAAAACUCAUGUUCAUCGCUUUGUACCAAGGUUACCAGGCAAUACAAAUGUCAGCUAUAGAAAGGACUUGGAAGCUAAAACCAGUAAAAGCUUUGUAAAGAAGCCAUCCGAAGUAAAAACUGAAGCAGAAGUAUCCAAUGAGGAAAAUCCUCUUAGAGAAGAUAACGUAUCGCAUGAAAAAAGUGAGGACUGCAAGAAGGAUCUGGAGUGUGUUGAAGAGAAGCCCCAACUACAGGUUGCUAAAACUGAAGAAGAAAAGGAAGAGAAGAUGGAAAUGGAGUCUUUACUUUCUGAUCUGGGUCAAAUGACAAAAGAAGAGGAAAUGGACUACACUGGCUGCGAAGCAGAAAAAUCUAUAAAUGAGGAACCUAUGGACCUUGGUGAAGUAAAACCCAUCUUAACUUCAAAAGAUGAAGAAAACUUGGCAAAAACAGAUCUUAUUAAUGUCAGUGAGGGUUUUCGACUUCGAACAUUUUAUAAAAAGAAAGUAAAGGCAUCUAAAUUAGAUGGACUUCUUGAAAGAAGAGUAAGACAAUUUACACUGGAAGAAAAACAGAGGCUAGAAAAACUUAAGCAAGCAGUUUUUCCAAAGUUGACAGUAAAGCAGUAUGAUGCACUGCACAGGGUCCCUGGUGAUCUUCCACUACCAAAGUCAGCGGAAGAAAAACGGGUCAAAUCUGAAUCUUAUGAUCAGGAAAAGAAUGAAUUACUAGACCAGAUCAAAACUGAACAGCAAAGUUCAGAUGUAUCCGAUACACUUUGUGGUAGUUCUCAUCUGCUUGAGUCACCUUCUGAAGCUGAUCAAUCCAAUACAGAAGACCAAGAUGAUAAGUUUAUUCCAGCUGGAAAGCAGAGCCCGAGUUCAGAGGACAGUAGUGAUAGUUCUGAACUGGAAACACUCAUUAAUGAAACUAUAUGUCCAGAGCAAGAACUUACACCAAUUAAAAAAGAUGCAACUGAGAAAACAUCCCACUCAGAAGGCACAAAAACAAAUGAAAGUGAAGUUUCUGAAAAAGGUAAUGAAAACUGCACAGAGAAACAUUGUGAUGAACCUUCUGACUUGCUAAAGGCAUUGUCACAGUCCAUUGUCAGUGAAAAUGACUGUAAAAUUCAGACUGUUGGUGGAAGAGACAAAGAAUUGGUAGGUGUGUCAAAAUCAGCAUCAUUUUUUACCAGCAUAAAAGAGCAGUGCUUUGAUUCAAGAAGUGAUGCUGUAGAAGAAAAAUUGAAAGCACCCCAGAAAGAACAAACUGAUCAUAGUGAAAAAGUGCCACAGGAACACUGUUGCAGUGGAAUGCUGAAGUGUAAAACAUUACUGCCUUCUGAACUUGUAGUAGAUUCAACAAUGGAUGCAGCUGAAAAGACUGAGAUCCCUAGAUGUUUGAAUAAAUGUGUUAGAGGUGAUAACGAGUCACAAACAGAAUGCAAAAGAAAAAAUUGUGAAGUUGAAGAGAAUGAACAGCAUAAAACAAAAAAGAGCACCUUAGGAAAUCCCCCUGGUAAAACAGAGAAAAUGACUACCUGCGUUAGUAGCAAGAAGCAGGACAGCAUGACUGAAAGACUUGAAAAAGAACAGAUUUCAGCUCAGAUUAAUGGGAAAAAUAACAGUAACUUUAAGUCAUUAUCAAAAGCUGAGCAAUUAAAUUCUUCUGCUGUUCAUGCUAUAAGUAACAUUGAAGAAAAACUAAAUAAUAUAACUAAAAUUUCUAAAGAAAAUGAAAUAAAUUCAAUGUCAUGUACAGAACCUUUAGUAAAAGCCCUUGUUAAUGGUGAUAUUGCCAUGAGUGAAACUGAAGACAAAAAUAAUUUGGAUAUAGAAUCUUUUCCCCAAAGUCCUGCAAAAUGUGAUGCCAGUACUAAAGAUAGUAUGGAACCUGAAGAAAGUUGUGCUUCACUAUGUACUUCCAGACUGAAAACACAGAAUGUGGAAUUGAAUUCUGCCAAGAGAAUUGUCCUUGGCGAUGGAAGUGCUUGUUUGUCUCCAGUGCCAAAAAAUGAAGAAGACAGUGAUAGUAGCGAAUUGGAACCCACAGUAACAGAACACUCACUGCCUCAGAAAAUGCUGUCUUCUCCUGUACUGUCAGAAGAAGAAACUAGCUUAAGCAGUGACUUCACAGAUCAGAAUAGCCUUCGUUAUGAAACCAAGACAGAAAAUGUCAGUGGCGAAACAAAAAUAAAAACAGUGAUCACAAAAGUAACUACUACUACAACAUCAACAACAACAGUUUGUACAAAAUCACUUACUGUUGUCACUGUUGCAGAAGAAUCCGCAUCUCAGGAUAGCAAACCAAAAAUAGUGUCAUCUGCAAUUUCCUCUGUAGAAAGUAGUUCUCUUUCUUCUACAACUACUACACUAACUAAAGUAACCACCCCAACAUUGGGCAGCAGUGCAGAUGUGAUCUCUGUAACUCAGCAAAGCAAAACUGUUGUUACAGCAACUGUAACAGACUCCUCUUCUGACUCUGUUGGCACAUUUGUGACUUCUAUGACUGUUAGCAAGGAGUAUUCUACUAAAGGUAAAAUAAAGCUGAUGAAGUUUUCAAGACCUAAGAAGACUCGCUCGGGCACUGCAUUACCAUCCUACAGAAAGUUUGUUACCAAAAGUAGCAAAAAGAGCAUCUUUGUACUACCCAAUGAUGACCUAAGAAAGUUGGCCAGACGAGGUGGUAUUCGAGAGGUUCCAGGGUUCAUCUACAAUGCAAAGCCUGCUUUGGAUAUUUGGCCUUACCCAUCACCAAGACCAACCUUUGGAAUUACAUGGAGAUAUCGACUCCAGACUGUGAAGUCUUUAGCAGGAGUGAGCCUUAUGUUACGACUACUCUGGGCAUGUUUGCGAUGGGAUGAUAUGGGAAUGAAACCUCCCUCAGGUGGUGUCACUACACGGACAGGAUCUGUGCCUUCUGAAUCGAGAGGGGGAAGCAGACUGUUAACUCCAACACCUUAUCCUCAUUUGCUGAUGUCAGAAUCUUCAGAAACUGAAAUUACUACCUCUGAAAUAAUAAAACGCCGGGAUGUUGGUCCUUAUGGAAUCCGAUCAGAAUACUGUAUAAGGAAGAUUAUUUGCCCUAUUGGCAUUCCAGAAACUCCAAAAGAAACUCCCACACCACAGAGAAAAGGCCUCCGUUCUAGUGCAUUAAGGCCAAAGAAACCUGAACCACCCAGGCAGACAGGCCCAAUUGUCAUAGAGACAUGGGUACCCGAAGAAGAGCUGGAAUUGUGGGAAAUUAGGGCUUUUGCAGAAAGAGUGGAAAAAGAGAAAGCCCAGGCUGCUGAUCAGCAGAAUAAGUCUAGUGAACAGAAGAAAACUGAGGAGUUCAAAGCUCAGAUGGAAACUCAACUUAAACAACAGAGACUGGCUGCUCAACAGAAAAGACUGGAGCAGCAGAAGCAAACACCUACAUCAGGUUCAUCUGCAGCUGUUAGUACCACAUCCAUAGCCACAACUGCUACAGCAUCCUGUACAACUAGCACUGCUGUCACUGUUUCCACCCCUCAGAAAGUAGUAGUAGGCUCUCUGACAGGCCAAGUUUCUCCUGGAACCAAAGUUGUCCUUGCCACAAAGGUGGGCUCUCCAGCUACCGUAACAUUCCAACAGGGCAAAGAUUUUCAUAAGAGUUUUGCAGCUUGGGUCAAACAAGGCCAAACUGCUACAACCAGCAGCGCAGUCACCACUUCAGCUGCAACCAUUGUUACUUCAGGUCAGACGCUGCAGAUUACAGGGAAUCCAGCAACCAUGGCAGGUAAAGUGAUCACUGCCAAGCUUCCACUCCCUGCCAAUAGCAAAAUUGUCACUCUUAAUGUUCCAGCAACCCAAGGAGGUAUGGUUCAGGUUCAGCGCCUCAUUCCAUCCACGACAGCUACCACUCAGCAGACCUUAAGUUCUUUCCAGCCACGUACUGCUACAGUUACAAUUAGGCCUACUAAUCCAGGAACUGCAGGUACUGCAGCCACAACACAGCAGGUAAUAACAGGGGGAGCACAGAUACGUCCUGCAGUUACAGUGAUACGAACGCCUAUCCAGCAGACGGGUACUCUUGGCAAAACAGUCAUAAGAACACCACUUAUGGUACAACAAGGUCAACCACAGCAGAUGGUCACACAGUUCAUCAGAGGGCAGCCUGUUUCUGUUGGUACAUCUAACACAAGCACAACAACAUCGGCACCAGGACAAAAGGUGGUGACAAAUACCUGCUUCUCUACACAGCCAGGUCUACAGCAAGCCAUUGCAGCGCAGAACCAGCCACGGCAGCAACAGCUUCCUCAGGCACCUCGCCCUCAGCAAGGACAGGUCAAACUGACUAUGGCUCAGCUUACACAGCUAACACAGGGGCAGGGUGGCACUCAGGGUUUAACUGUGGUUAUCCAAGGGCAAGGCCAAACAACAGGCCAGUUGCAGCUGAUUCCUCAGGGAGUGACUGUAAUCCCGGGUCCAGGACAACAGCUGAUGCAGGCUGCUAUGCCAAAUGGCACAAUUCAGAGGUUCCUGUUCACCCCUUUACCAGCUGUAUCAUCAGUAGCAGCUUCUACUGUCCCGGUGACAACGACAGCAGUGGCAACAUCAACGGUAGCUACUCCAGCAUCGGCAUUAGGUUCGGUGGAACAGAAGCAACCUGCAAUACAGCAGCAACACAUGCAGCAAAUACAAGCUCAAUCCACACAGUCACAGACCCAAGGACAGCUGCAGGCUUCUCAGGUCUUUCAGACACAAAAUCAUGCUCAAAUUCUGCCUUCUGGUCAGCCACAAUGUCAAGCGCCAGCACCAUCACCAUUACUGUCCCAGAUACAGCUUCCUGACAAACCACAGACUCCUCCUCCUUCACCGCAGACAAUCUCUCAGACCCAAGCUUUGCCUCAGGGUCAGAGUGUAGUCACAUCCCAGCAACAAGCUGCAGUCAUUCAGCCUGCACAGGUACAAUCAGGUCACAUGCAACAGCCUCAGAUUCAAUCAGCUGUGCAGCCACAUCCUCACAUCCAAGUUUCAUCACCACUUGCGAUGCCAGCAGCUAAUCAGUCACCAGUGCAAGUUUCACCAUCACAGGUAACUCCAGUUCGAACUCCACCUCAGAUGCCCAUCCAGACCCAACCAGUGGCAUCAGCAUCUCUGAAAAUUCAGUCCCAUACCCAGGCUCAGGCAUCAUCCCCACUGCAGUCCCAUCUUCAUACUAUUCCAGCAACGCAACCAGUAUCUCAAGUAACUGUGCAGUCUACAACCUGUCCUCUGCAGAUCCAGCCACCUCAGACACAGGUUAUUACUGUUCCUCAACAAGUUCAGGUACUUUCACAGAUCCAGUCUCAUGUCAUGGCUCAGAUACAAGCCCAGCAGGGUGUUGUGGCUCAACAGAUUAAGUUGCAGUUGCCUAUUCAGAUUCAGCAGACCAAUGCAGCGCAGCCACAUCAGAUACAGAAUGUAGUGACUGUUCAGGCAACCAGUGUUCAAGAACAGCUGCAACGGAUCCAGCAUCUCAAACAAAUCAGAGAGCAACAACAAAAAAAGCAGCAGCAGCUGGAAUCUAAGAAGGAGCAAGCUGGUCAGGGUACUUCUCCAAGUGAAAUGAUACAGAAACAGGUGGUGUCAAAACAAAAUGCUGUGAUAGAACAGUUAAAACAGAAGAAGAUGCUGACACCUUCUGAACGAGAGGAGAACCAGAGGAUGAUUGUAUGUAACCAAGUAAUGAAGUAUAUUCUAGAUAGAAUUGAUAAAGAAGAGAAGCAGGCUGCAAAGAAGCGGAAGCGGGAAGAAACUGUGGAGCAGAAGCGCAACAAACAAAAUGCUACCAGACUUUCAGCUCUUCUGUUUAAGCAUAAAGAACAACUUAAGGCAGAGAUCCUUAAAAAGCGUGCACUGCUAGACAAAGAGUUGCAGAUAGAAGUUCAGGAUGACUUGUGGAAAGACCUAGACAGAAUAAAGAGGGAAAAAGAGAAAGAAAAAGAACGUGAAAAAGAAAAAGAGCAGGCAGCAGCCGCUGCAGCAGAGGCGGCAGCAGCUACAGCCGCAGCAAUUGCUGUAGCAGCACAGUCACCUCCUGCUACAGCAGUGCCCACAGUACAAACGGUAACAUCAGCUGCUUUUAAAAGAAAACGGGAGGAUGAGAAGGAGUCCCCAACCUCCAAAUCCAAGAAAAAGAAAAUGAUUACAACUACCUCAAAAGAAUCCAAGAAAGACACAAAGCUUUACUGUAUAUGCAAGACACCAUAUGAUGAAUCAAAAUUUUAUAUUGGCUGUGAUCUGUGUACGAACUGGUAUCAUGGAGACUGUGUUGGUAUCACAGAAAAGGAAGCAAAGAAGAUGGAUGUUUACAUCUGUAAUGAUUGUAAACGAGCACAGGAAGGCAGCAGUGAAGAAUUGUACUGUAUCUGUAGGACUCCAUACGAUGAUACUCAAUUCUAUAUUGGCUGUGACCGCUGUCAGAACUGGUUCCAUGGGCGAUGUGUGGGCAUUCUGCAGAGUGAGGCAGAUCUCAUUGAUGAGUAUGUUUGUCCUCAAUGCCAGUCCACAGAGGAUGCCAUGACUGUGCUUACACCGCUCACUGACAAAGACUAUGAAGGGUUAAGAAGACUGUUACGAUCUUUACAGGCACACAAGAUGGCAUGGCCAUUCCUAGAAGCUGUAGAUCCAAAUGAUGCCCCAGAUUAUUAUGGUGUCAUAAAAGAACCAAUGGACCUUGCCAGUAUAGAAGAAAGGUUACAGCAGCGUUACUACAAAAAAUUAACAGAGUUUGUGGCAGAUAUGACCAAAAUCUUUGAUAACUGCCGUUACUACAAUCCAAGUGACUCCCCAUUUUACCAAUGUGCAGAGGUCCUUGAAUCAUUUUUUGUACAGAAACUGAAAUCAUUUAAGGCAAGCAGGUAA